AUUCGAGGGCUAUCCAGAAGCCAUCUCAGGAGUACUCGUCAGUACUGUUCAGACCUCUUAUUUCAUUUGACGGAAUCGUGUCGAGUGGAUAUUCAUAAUAAAUUCACUGACGUGGGCUUAUAUGUGUGGAUAUAUACACACACACUUAUAUUGUGCCUAAGAAACAAGAACCAGAUGUAACAUAUUCUAAGUGAUUUUCCAAUAAAUAUUUCAGCUCAAAAGAAGCAUUUAUUCUUAAACUGCUCAAAUUAAUUGAGAAAUAUACGUAUUAUGUACAUAAAAAAAGCUUACCUAUAAAUUCUGAUGUGGACAUAAGUAUUUCGCAUGUCAACUCAAGGAUUUGAUAAUGAACAUACAAAAGGACAAAAAUCAUUCUGUAAAGAAUUUAUUAAUGAGCCAAAUUUAAUAGCUGCAAUAAAUGAUGCACAAUUUGUUAUGAGUUUACCUUCAAAGGACAUACUUAUACCUUCAGCUAUUUCCCAAAAUUCCCCACAGGACACUUCGAUAAAAUUUAAUAUAAUAGACACGACUCAAAAUACGGUGUCUUCGGCAACCGCUGCAGCGGUUGCACAUCAUCAUCAUAAUUUUUCCAACAUUCACCAGCUUCAGAAUCUUCAUAGUCAGCAACAAAGUACUAUAUUUAAUAAUAAUCAUUCAACACCUUUUAGUGUCACUGAUAUAUUAAGUCCAAUUGAAGAGUCUUACCGUAAAUUGGAACUUAACGGAAACCCGCCAUCACCGUUUCGAUCUAAUUCUAGUGGCAGCAGUAUAAACUCCCCAGGAACACUAAGUGCAUCAGCAAUGGCCAAUCCGUACGCCAUGGGCUCUUUGUAUCAUAGCCCUGGAGUACAAAGCUAUUGCGGUCCGACGGAUAAUUUAUCUCUUGCCGGUCACUACACUGAUAUGAGAAGCUCAGCUUCAUGGUAUGGAUCAACCGCUAAUGAUCCUAGAUUUGCAAUAUCGCGCCUUAUGAGCUCAUCAGCCAGUGGAACAAUGAGUCAUAUGGGAAAUAUGAGCGGACUAGCAGCGUGCAGCGUGAGCGACACAAAACCUCUACAGUUUCCAUUGGCCCAAAGACGAAAACGUAGGGUCUUAUUUACCCAAGCUCAGGUCUAUGAACUGGAAAGAAGAUUUAAACAGCAAAGGUAUCUCUCCGCACCUGAACGAGAGCAUCUGGCUAGUCUUAUUCACCUAACCCCAACACAGGUGAAAAUUUGGUUCCAGAAUCACAGGUAUAAAUGCAAAAGACAGGCUAAAGAAAAGGCAAUGGCAGAGCAGAAUCAACAUAAUCAGUCGGCAAGUUCUCCAAGGCGGGUUGCUGUACCAGUCCUGGUUAAGGAUGGGAAGCCAUGCGCUGGCAAUAACAGUACCAAUCAAACACAAACACAUGGAAAUAACAGUACAGCAUCAGGCAAUAACAGUGGUGCUACCAAUAGUGGAAAUCAAAAUAGUGGAGGUGUAUCAGUAACUGCAAAUGUCAGCAGUGGACUUAACCUAAUAACAGGAGAAGCUCCUAAUUCGCACUCACCAGAUACAUCUUCUUCCCUAAUAGCUAGUUAUGGGACUGUUGGAGGUUCCAAUGUUGCUAUGUUACAGCAACCCUGCAAUAAUACUAUUAUGACUAAUAGCUUAGCAAUGGCGUACCGAAACCAAAAUAAUUUCAUUUCCAAUGGACAUCAGCAACAAUGUGGUGGCUACUUGCCUUUACAGGGCAGAGCAUGGUAAAAUAUUAUUAGUCUAAAUUGUUUAAAGUAAUAUCAUGUACUCUUUUCGGUUUGAUAAAAUAAAGAUUCAAAAAUGUA